AUGAUCGAUCUGAUUUACAUUCUCAUGAAAGGGAUAGAUGUGAUAGUUGGCAUGGAUUUUCUAGCAACUAAUAAUGCUAUGUUAGACUGUGCCAGGAAGUUAGUGUCUUUACCGUUGUCAUUGACAAGGACUAGUUCUAUCGAGCAACUUAGGUUUCUAUCAGUUGUGCAAGCUCAGAAGCUAAUCAAGCAAGGGUGUGAUGCCUACAUAGUAGUUUGUGUUGCUAUCAGUGUCUAUGACGGUGGUAUUGAAAAGAUUGGAGUGGUAAGUGAAUUUCUCAAGGUAUUUUCUGAGGAGAUGUCAGGAUUACCUCUGGAAAGAGAAGUUGAAUUCUCAAUAGAUUUGGUUCCUGGUAUAAAACCAAUUUCUAAAGCCCCGUAUUGGAUAUCACCCUCAGAGUUAAAUGAAUUGAAGAAGCAGAUUAAGGAUUGGUUUGACAAAAGAUUCAUCAGGCCAAGUGUGUCACCUUAG